AAACUGAUUUUACUGUAGUCCUCAAAAACUGUAUCCAUCCUCUUCUUCUUCUUAAAAAAGAAACACUGUUUCUCUCUGUGAGUCUGAGACACAGUUAUAGACAAAGAUGAAAGCAAUAUCAGCUUUAGCUAGAGGAGGAGGAGACACUGUCCUCUGCUCUCACAACCACCACUUCACUCUCUGCAACCGCCUCUCUUUCUCACCACCUAUUCCUAAUCCUACACCCAACCUCACACGAUCCAGACCUCCCAUCAUCAUCACUUUCUUCAAACCCAUUCCUCCCAAAACGCACCGUUUCGUCCUCAAAGCCAAAGCCGCCGAGUCAACUCAGCCUGCCUCGCUCUCCUCCUCCACCACUUCCGCCGAUAAAACCAUCGUCUCCGACGAGGAAUUCUCCCUCGCUAAGGUUUCAUUUGGUGUUAUUGGCCUAGGUGUUGGGGUUUCACUCUUGUCGUAUGGUUUUGGGGCCUAUUUUAAUAUCCUCCCAGGAUCUGAAUGGUCAGCAAUAAUGCUAACAUAUGGCUUCCCUCUCGCAAUCAUUGGAAUGGCUCUCAAGUAUGCGGAACUCAAACCAGUGCCAUGCUUGACUUAUUCGGAAGCUCAAAAGUUGAGAGAAACAUGUGCCACUCCAAUUCUUAAACAGGUCAGGAAUGAUGUUAUAAGAUAUCGCUAUGGGGAUGAACAGCAUUUGGAUGAAGCAUUGAAACGGAUUUUCCAAUAUGGUCAAGGUGGAGGAAUACCACGGAGAAGUGCUCCUGUUUUACAAUUGAUUCGUGAAGAAGUCACAGAAGAUGGUAAAUACUGUUUAGUCCUGGUGUUUGAGGCCAAAGCUCUUAAGUUGUCAGAUUUUGAAAAAAGACAGGAAAAAUUUGCUUCAUUCUUUGGACCAGGGAUCACGGCUGAAGUUGUAAAGAGUGAAGAUAAUCUAUAUGAAGUCCGACUUAUUUCCAACACAAACCCCAAUGCAUCUCCUUAGUGAAGUCAGAAGUGUACGCUGGUUUUAAUCUAAUUCUGCUCUCUGGUUUGGCUUCAUUCAUUGCAUGACAUAAGUCUCUUGUAAAAUUUUGUAUAAUAGUCAGAUUGAAUAACAUUAUCAUAACAAAGAUAAGAUUUUGAUAAGAGAAAAAUAUGUAAAUGAAUUUGGGAAGAUGGAUGACUUACAGUGCAAGUGGAUAUUGCCGUAUUCGUUCUACUAAUGCGAGCAUUGUAAAAAAUAUAUGUACACGUUUCA